AAAUAGGGGCUCAGUAUUAAUUUGGAUUGCUUUACGAAAAGUCAAAACGAAAGAUGGUUCCGAGAGUUUUGUGUAUUGCGAUAUUAAUACUUUUUGCAAUAAAUUUAAGUGUCAAAGCUCGUCCUCAAGAGGAGAUCGAAGUAGUUGAAAUCGAUAACGCAACAUCCCAAAAUGGGACUCAUAAGGAACUUUACGUUAUACGACAAGUUGUCUAUGAAGUUGGAGUAUUAGUUGAUGUUAAUAAUACAGAUAGUGAAGAUACAGAAAUAGACAAUUCCGAAAGUAGUGAGCUUGUUGAUGAUCAAAUUCAGCUUACAAUUUUCGGAUCUUCUCACAAUGGUACAUUAGAAUUCGGCGAUGUUCCAUUGCCUGUGCAAGUUAACACAAGCGGACACGUAAUGACAGGCUUACAACCUAUUCAUGUUGGACAAAUCUCAAAUUUAACAGCAUUAGCAGAUGCACUACCCUUUACGGGAACAAUCGUCAACGUGACAAAGACAGAAAGUACAUUUUUGGUUCCUGACAAAUUGAAUGCUUCAAGUGCAGAGAUGGUUGAUGUCGAAAAUUCUAAUGAAAAUUUGCUGAAUAAGUUUUCAGCUAUAAAGGAAAAUUUGCCUCCAAUUGGAGCGGGAGCCCUAUGAAACAUUUCUCUGUUGUUUUAUUUAAGCUAUUUAUAAAGAAAAUUUAGUAAAAACAAAAAUGAUGUUCCCAACAAUAAACUAAUUAUAUCUUUAUUUA